UUAAUACCAAGGGCGCAAAAUCCUUCACCGAGUCCAGAACAUUUCUUCCCAACAACAGAUCUGCUUCCAUGGAAACCCAAAUCAUACCUGAGGAAAAGAUAACCCAUUUCAGUCAUCCACAGCACCCCCUCGUGCAGAUUAACCUUCCCUAUCUCUUCACUUGCAUGGGUUGCAAAGAGUAUGGAGCAGGGAAGAGACUCACAUGCCAACACUGCGACUUCUUUCUGCAUGAUUUAUGUGCCUUUGCUCCACCAUCCUUAAGCAACCACUCCCUCCACAGCCAACAUCACCUUGUUUUCUACAUUAAACCAGGCGGCAUUUUACGGUCGACAUGUGACAUCUGCGGCAAGUCAACCAGAGGGUAUGCUUUCCGGUGUAGCACCUGCAACUUCGAGAUGCACCCCUGCUGCGCCAAGCUUUGCCGGGAAAUGGAUUUUCCGGUGCAUCCACAUACACUCAAACUUGUAACAACCGCAACAUUAACAAGCGGGGACCCAGAUUUCACCUGCAACGAGUGCAACACAAAGCGAGGUGGCCGGAUUUAUGGUUGCACAGUUUGUGAUUACCACCUACAUGCUGUUUGUGCAAAGAACAUGAUCAAUGGGCUCCAUGCCAGUGGCAUAAUCAAGGUGCCGGAAAAGCCAAGCAGGCUUGGGGCAGCAGUUCGCCUCGUAUCCAAUGUAGUUGUGGGGUUCAUUGGGGGCCUGCUUGAAGGGAUUGGAGAAGGGGUUGGACAAGCUAUCUUUGAUUCCAUUGUCAAAACUACUGCCAAACGUGGAACAAGAUUAAAGCAGACAAGAGAAGAGCCAUAAGUGGGUUUGGUUUGUUUAUGCACAUUAAUUAGCAAAAUUAAAUGGGUGUCUACUGUCUAGACUCUACUUUAGAUAAUCAAAGCUGCAUGUAUUAAUUUAAUUAUAGACUUGGUCUGAUGGAAAUUACUUUUAUCUAGAGUAAAG